UGGAAAUGCCCAGGGCUGAAGAGGGACAUCACUGUGACUGCUGCUGCUAUCAUCACCACUGACCCUGGAUCGUGGGAGUUGCUCUUAAAGACCAAAGAUCUUUCUGUGCUAAGCACACUCCCAUAGUUUGUACUCCCAAUUUCCUCAGACUGUCCAAGUCUUUUAGGGGCACUUGGGGAGAGUUUGCUUUCUCCCAGCGCCUGCUAGGAUGCGUUACUCAGUGCCAACCACUGCUGCCCACCGCAGUCGCUAUAAUCAGCGACGUCUACAUGCAGAACGCUGUGUCCGAUUUCCCAACGAUGUCCUAUUUUUGGAUCACAUUCGACAGGGUGAUCUGCGGCAGGUAGGGCGCUUCAUUCGGACUCGAAAAGUGACCCUGGAUACCAUCUAUCCCUCAGGUCUGGCUGCCCUACAUGAAGCAGUACUUUCUGGGAACCUAGACUGUGUGAAGUUGCUCAUCAAGCAUGGAGCUGACAUCCACCAGCGAGAUGAAACAGGAUGGACAGCACUACACAUGGCCUGCAGUGAUGGUUACCCAGACAUCGCCAGAUACCUCAUCUCCCUUGGGGCUGAUGUAGAUGUCGCUAAUGACGACGGUGACUUGCCCUCUGACCUCAUCGACCCCGACUACAAGGACCUGGUGGAGCUAUUCAAAGGGGCCACGAUGGACUGACAUCCUCUUGCUACCACAUCCCUACGCAGAGCCCUCAAUGUCCCUUCACCUUCUCCUCUCCCACCCCAGAGACCCUGAACUUGAGGCGGGGGUUGGAGAGUUGCCCCCUCCCCAACCCCUGCCCCUUACAGCCCAGGUGAGCCUUGCCCGAGCCUCGGCACACACGGAGGGUUGAAUUAGACUGGCUGCGGGCACACACACCCCUCCGUCUUGGGCAGCUGAGGCCUUCCGGAGGGGUGGUGCUCGCAGGCCCCAGCUGUGCCUGGCCUUAGGGAAAAGGGGUCCAGGGGUUCAUGGAUCCCCCUCCACCCCGGCCCUCCCGGUUUCCUCCGCUCCCUGGCCGAGAGCUUGGCUUUUCUACCGGACGUUUUCGUGUUUUAUUUUGUUUUAUAAAUCAUUGAACACUUUUUACUUUUUCAAUAAAUGAUUUCCACAGA